GCCGUGUAUUUUUGGACCGACACGGUAGUGGUGGAUGGAGUGAUGGCCGACGCGGCGACCGCGAAGCCGAAGAAGAAGACGAAGCCCAAACCCAACAGCAUUUACAUCACGGAACGCGUUCGCUAUUUCAAGAAGGACGUGCCGACGGUGGACACGAUUGCCGAGAAGGCCAAACUCGAGAAGAAGCUUGUGAAAGCGAGGGAACUCGGUUUGGAUCCGGAAGCGAACCCGAACGCGUGGAAACUCGAGGCUCAGGCACUGACGCAACUUGGACAGCUUGAAAAGUGGAAAGGCAACGAAGACGAUGGCGACAUGUACUUGACUGAGUGCGCCAAGUUGUGUCGCAUGCACACGUUCAACAACAAGUGCUGAGCAAGACGUAUCCACACAUGUAUUCGAUGCAAUGCAUGCAGUUCAAUUCAUCUACGUGCGGCCGGUCGACCGAAUGCCAUGAAUCACGCGCGCCAGGUCUCGAAUUUGGAGGAUCUGUCGGACAUGCACGGGCAAGAGUAAGAACGCAUGCGACAAUAACAGUCCAACCUUCUUCUCCA